AAAACUCUCUUACAUAUGAAAUAAGUAGAGAGAGAAGGAGAUCAAGAGAGAGAGAGUCAGAGGGGUAGCUCAGUUUAACUAAUCCAUCAUUCUCUUCACAUUUUUUGAGGCAAAUUCAAUUCAAUCAAAUGGGCAACAGCUUAAGGUGUUGUUUGGCAUGUGUUCUUCCAUGCGGAGCGCUAGACUUGAUCCGAAUAGUACAUUUAAACGGGAGCGUAGAAGAAAUAACGGGUCGGGUCACCGCCGGCGAGGUCCUCAAGAACAACCCGAAUCACGUUCUCACACAGCCAUGCUCCCAAGGCAUGACCCGCCGGAUUCUGAUCCUGUCCCCGGAAUCCGAGCUCAAACGGGGCUCCAUUUACUUCUUGAUACCCGCCUCUUCUUUGCCCGCUGAGAAGAGCAGUAAAAUCCUGAAGAAGUUCAGCUCCUCCAAGAAAAAGUCGUCGCCGCCGGAGGUGGUCAGCAGCCACCCGCCGGAGGAAAAGUUGCCGGAGGUGGUCAUCAGCAGCAAGUCUUCGGAGAAAAAGUCGUCUUCCCGGCGGCGGGAAAGGAGCAAAAGCACCGGCGGACUGUGGAGGCCGACUCUUGAGAGCAUUGCUGAGGACUAGUCACAAAAUUUUACAAAUAUAUUAUUAUUUUUAAACAAUUUUUUCUCCCAUUUCUUGGGGUUUUCUUCUUCUUUGGACUUCUAAAUUGUGCAUAUAUAAUUAAAAUCCUAUCCCUUUUAAUCUUUUUUUGGUAUUAAGUUUCUCUCUCUCUCUCUCACUUUUAGAAAGAGGUCAGUAAUCACCUGGUUUUUGCCUCAUGAAAUUCGACUUCGGAUGUACAAAGAUGAGGUGUAUAUGUAACAUAAGGAAAAUAUUUUUUCCUCUUUCUCGAGUAAAACUCCAACGUCUUUUAA